GGAAGAAAAAAGUGUUUUAGAAGGAAAAAUCUGAGCAAUUCUUCUAUUGGUAGGCGGGCUGGUCGUGAAGGGAACAAUCAGGUUGAUUUUGCUAGGGAGCCACCUCAAAGCAUAUCGGGUUACUUUGAGUGACAGGGUAACCAUGGCAAAUAAUUUGACUAAGGCUAUUGUCUUAUCCUCACCAUCCGUGGGUCAGAUAACCGACCAAUCAGAGUUCAUAUAAUCGCUUGUCUUGCCAGCUUAGAAUAAUAUUAUUAAAACGAGCCAGCGAGCCCGGUCUCCGGGAGUAGUUUAUGUUGAAACGGCAUAGAAAAGGUGGAGGACGGUGGAAGGAGUAGCAACUUUCUUUCUUAGCAACUUUAUGGAGAAUAGUCGCCUGGGGUUUCGCAUGGCUGAACGGACUUGAGCUUAUUCCAUAAUACGCAGUUGGACUUUGCCUAACCUUGGGCACUUUUACGUUUUAGGUAACUCUUUUGGGGACUUUUUGACGCGUAUGGACUUAAUGCGUUUUGAUUUAAUGAGACACUGAGAGGAGAGACGUGGAAGUAAGGUACAAUAUAAUCUGUAUUGGUUUACUUGUCGCCAUGUCCAUGCUUCCGACGUUUGGUUUUACGCAAGAACAAGUGGCUUGUGUCUGCGAAGUCCUCCAGCAAGGGGGGAACAUCGAGCGUCUUGGGCGCUUUCUGUGGUCCCUCCCGGCGUGCGAGCACCUCCACAAAAAUGAGAGUGUUCUCAAAGCGAAAGCCGUAGUUGCUUUUCAUCGGGGGAACUUCCGAGAGCUCUACAAGAUCCUGGAGAGCCACCAGUUUUCGCCGCACAACCACCCGAAGCUACAACAGCUGUGGCUCAAAGCGCACUACAUCGAGGCAGAGAAGCUGAGAGGCCGUCCGCUCGGCGCCGUAGGGAAGUACCGCGUCCGGAGAAAGUUCCCCCUGCCCCGCUCUAUCUGGGACGGAGAGGAGACGAGCUAUUGCUUUAAAGAGAAGAGCAGGAGUAUCCUCCGAGAGUGGUACACGCACAACCCUUAUCCAUCCCCACGGGAGAAAAGAGAGCUGGCCGAGGCCACGGGACUCACGACCACGCAAGUCAGCAACUGGUUCAAAAACCGACGGCAGAGAGAUCGAGCGGCUGAGGCAAAGGAAAGAGAAAACAACGAGAACUCCAACGGCAACAGUCACAACCCAUUGACUUCUUCUAUUAAUGGAAAUAAAACUAUUUUGGGGAGCUCGGACGACGAUAAAACACCUUCUGGGACUCCGGAUCAUACGUCUCCGAGUCCGGCUCAGCUCCUCGGCGCAAACCCCGGUUUACCGUCCCUGCAUGGCCUUGCGCCCCCGCCGGGACCCAGCGCAAUCCCGGUACCCAGCGGCCCAGACUCGAUGCACCAUCACCACUCAUUGCAUCAUGACACCAUACUGAACCCUAUGUCUUCUAAUCUAGUGGACCUCGGCUCUUAAAAGCCGUCACUGAAGGGAGACGGAGAGCGCCAUUUUUUGGGGAAAAUAAUUUACGAGGUGGUGUGAGUUAAGCUUCAAGCACUUGCGGCACGGUGCAAGGCAGACAGACUGGAACACUGCGAAAACAGCCACCGUAACAAAUCAUUUAGUCUCAUAUUCAACCUUUAAAAUCUUUUUCAACAAGUGGAGAGAGGAAAACCUGCCAGUGAGCGCAACACCUCCUCUUAUCCCCAAACUGAACGAGCCC